AUGGGAUUUCAGAUGAGCAAGAAUUUUAACGCUACAGCAGAGGCCGCUUCCAAUGCGGCGCUCGUUGAAAAAGCUGACAACAUAGCUAGCGCAAUUGCUGAGAGCUCCAAAAAGCCCAAAGAUGAGACGUCGUUCCAAUCAAGGGUCGCCAGACUCAGUAUUUGCGAAGACGACAAAUCUAGAGAAAUGAUACUCAAAUCAAUGCUGCGCCGGGAAUCAAGCGACAUCUUAAUUGAUGAUGAUAGAUCUAGUAACUCGUCUUCGAUCCAGCAUCAACAACAAAAGGCAGGAUCUAAAAGAAGAAGAAGGCGGUCUAGUGGAAUUGCGGGCCCCAGUUUUGUUAAAAAUGCUGAUGGUGUGCAAUCCGCGUCGCCCGUUAUAGUCACAAAAAAAAAGAAAAAGGCUUCACAACCAGCAACACUAACCGUCAGUCAAAAGGCUUUACAAAAGCGGAUAUCCAUGAAAGAUCUGCGAGAUCUAGUACUCUACAUUUUCCAGGAUACAAAUAAUUCUCCAAGCUGGAUACAGAUUGAAAAUCGGGUAGCCAUCAACAAGAUGAUCGUACUAUUUGUUCCAGGUCUUUUACCGGAGGAUUUUGAAGAUAAUAAGAAACACACUGGUGGAGACAGAGCCACAAACGCGCGUGCCACUUCUUUAAUUUCAUUACAAGAUACAGAACUUUUAGACGUUGUACAGCGAGUUCCUGUUUCGGCACCGGGCUCUAAGAGCACACUAUACUCUGCAUACAACUCAUUUGUAAACGUGGGUCUGAGCAAGAAAGAGAAAGAAGAGAAAAGACAAGAGCUUAGCAAGAAAAGUAUCACCCUGAAUGACCUGGUGAUGAAAUCAGACCAACUAUUAGAAAAUGAGUAUCCACUUCACGAAGACACCGUUGGCCUAAGUUCUGAGGAUACAGAAAACCUCUUAGCCAAACACCUUGAACAAGGUUCAAUUUGGAAGAGUACGCGACCUUUCGAACACGACGGUUCACAUACCUUCGCCAUGGACUGUGAAAUGUGUAUGGCAGAUAGUGGGCUAGUGUUAACACGCGUAAGCUUAGUAGAUUUCGAGUGUAAUCUCAUCUACGAUCGUCUGGUCAAGCCAGAUGUACCAAUCGUGGAUUAUCUCACAAAGUACAGCGGCAUCACUGAGGAAAAGCUCAGGGAUGUUACGACGACCUUACACGACGUCCAAUCCGACAUUUUAAAAUUAGUAAGUUCGGAUGAUAUUUUAAUCGGACACUCAUUGCAGUCAGAUUUGAACGUCUUGAAGAUAAGGCACCCCAGAAUCAUCGAUACCGCAAUGAUAUACGAACAUAAGGCAGGCCCACCUUUUAGGCCUGCAUUGAAGUAUCUUGCAUUUGAAUAUUUGAGUCAAGAAAUUCAAAAUAGUGAGGGGCUGGGCCACGACUCGUUUGAAGAUGCUCGUGCUUGCAUGGAACUUACCAAACUGAAAAUCGUAAACGGUUUGGCGUUUGGUAUUGGUAUGAAUACUGAAAAUCUGUUCCAAAGACUAGCGAGAAAUGGUAUUAAAAGCAUGUGUUUGAACGAUUACGCCCCAAGACAAAAUGAGUUGAUCUCAAAUACUAAAACUUUGGAGUUCAACAAAAGGUGCCAAUGCGACGAUGAGAUUUUUGAUAAUAUUGACAAACAUAUUGAUGAUUUUAAUCUGUUUGUAGGAAGACUGAGAGAUUUAGAGUAUGCUCGAGACUUUGCAGUACCGCCGCAGAAUGUUGAGAAAAAAGAUGUUUUAACUGCGAGAAAUAACUUUGUCAGCAAAUUUCAAGUACUCUAUCAGAAAUGUCCUCCUUCCACAGUUUUUCUUGUAUGCUCUGGUACGGGAGACACUCGGGAUUGGUCCAAGAUCAUGGCAGAACUUAACAUGAAGAAUAAGGAUGAAAGAUUUGAGGAGAAGAAAAAGAGAGAAGUUGAAAUUCAGGCUGCUGUCUCCAAAGCCCGAGACGCCAUAGCACUUAUUAUGGGUAAAAAAGUAGAAAUGCCCAAACCUUCGAUAUAG